AAAAUCUGACAAAAUUCUCUUUUCCCAAGAGAGCACAUGGAGACAUACAAGGAAACCAGCCCAGCCGCAGUAGAGGAAUUAGUAAAGGACACAGAUACCACGAUAGAAAGCUUUGGCCAGUCUCUAUUGGAACAUCUCAAGGGGGAGACAGAGCUCCACUUUAGGAAACUAAUGACAAAGAAGUGGCUGUCCAGCAGCGACGAUUUCCAGAAGAUAGUGGAAAGAAUUGAGGAUCUCUCUCAGCACUGUCGCAGGAUGAAAAAGCCGUACCUUCAGAGUUUUGUGAAUGAUGUCCACUACCACAUGACAAAAGCGUACGUAGCGCAGGUCUUGAAGAAUGAGUAUUCCUGCAAGAACAGAAGGCACGAAAAGGCAGCAGAGAAGAUGAGGGGGGAGUGGGAGGAGCUGCAGAAGGAGUUUGAUAACUUGGGAACGACUUGUGAUUGGCUCCGCCCACUGGGCCAACACCUUUGUGACAUCAUUGGGAUGAAGAAUAAGAGUGACAUCAAGGACCGCUUGGAACUGCUGGUCACAGACUAUCCUGACGUCAGCAGGAAACACGUCUCUGCCAUUCUUUUCUUCCGGGGGCUGACGGGAGGGCAGGAGAGGCAGGCCAUUCUGCAGCGCCUGGAAGAGCUGAAGCACACUACGGGCAGCAGGGGGACGAGAAACCGCCAGUUCUUCAGCCAGAUCAACGUGCCCAGCGUAAAAUGCUGGCCUCCGCUCUACUAUACUUGUCUGCCUGUUAGAUAAGGUCAGCUCAGGCCUGGUUUGGUUUCUGUUUCUUUUUCAGAUCUGAGAAAAAAAUAUAUAUAUAAAAACUUAAAGUACAGUAUGUUGCAGGGGAAAAGAAAAAGUGAAUGAUUUUCCCUAAAACCCGGGAUAUCCAACCCUGGUACUAGAGAGCCCCAAUCCAGUAGGUUUUGUAGGGAAUUUUAAAAAAGUCACCAAUUUCUGAAGAUGUGGAACAAUUCCAUUGUGAUUAAUUAAACUGAUAUUUUGUUCAAUUAAGUCAUUUAUGGAACAUUUAGGGUUAAAUUCCAAGUAGUCCUCAGCCCUCACAGUUCAGACUUCUUUUGAUUUACCAUAGCUCUUGCUUGAUUCAUCAAUGGCUUACAGGUGUUGCCAAUCUUUAAAAACAGGACUGGGUUCUCCGGGACCACACCUUAGUCCCCUGUAUUAACCCCCCUUGUGCCACCCCCUCCCUAACGAGCUCUAAUUGUAGUGCUACUGUAAUGAGUUGCUAUCCUUGUCCCUGUAGAAGAUGCAGCAAAUCAUUUCCAGGCUAAAUUGUGCGACGGAAACAGUCUGUUGCAUCACAAAGCACUGCUCUUUAUUUGGGGAAAAGAAAGGACAGCGACGCUGGCUGUGUGGUGAAUUCCUAAUGAGUCAGAACACCGAGCUCCUCUGUCUGGUUAACCGGAAUCUGAAAAUACAAAGGUACUCUAAACCAGAGGGCUGUUAUCCUGCAACACUUUCUUUUCAGUCUCAGUUUAAGGCUGUGUUACACAUCGGCAAUAAAGUCACUAAUAAGCUGUCGGUACGGAAUGUAUCAUGAUCGUUAUCCAUUCAUGGGAGUCUGUUUUGUUAAUGGAGAACCUUUAAUGUUAGCAAUGUGUUCAUUCAAUUAAUAAACACUUGAUAGGAACCUUUUCUAA